GCUCCAACGAAAAUCAUCUCAGUCGCUGUUUGAGAGCGAAAAAGUGCCGGUUAAGUUCGAUUCAAAACUGCUUCGUAUUUUCUAACACGUGUUUGUCACGCCUGCGAUUCAUCAAUUAUUAAUCAACUAUAUAUAUAUAGCAAUAUCUCUUUUCAUUUUUAUUGUUUCGCGUUCUAUUGCCAUUGAAAAGAAAAGAUAAGAAAGAGAAAAGAAAUAAAAAAUAAAGAAGAAUAAUAAAUAAAAGAAAAAAUAAGUUUGAAUUUAUAGCUUCGGAAUGCUCGGAUGUAUAUAUAUAUGUAUAUGUAUAUGUAUAUGUACAUAUAUCGAAUGUUUAAUUGAUACAUGCAGUCAAUAAAAGAAACUCAAAAGAUCUGAAUAGAUCUCUUUUAUCAUUGUCAUGUCACUUUAUUACAAUCGAUUGUAAUACCUUUCGAUCGUUAGACACAUCAUCACUAAGCAUUAAAGCUUCUUGUACGAUCGAAGAAAUAGUGCAAUAAUAUUUAUUCGCCAGAGAGGUGCAUCGAAAGAAUUUUUUUAUCUUUUUCUUUCCUUUCUUCCUUUCUUUUUUUUAUUUUUUUAAGUUUUCUUUCUUUUUAUAAUUUCGUUGAAUUUCGUGCCGUCACCGUUACAUGUAAAAACAGUGUGAAAUGUGUUUUACUCGCCGUUCAAGAAAUUAUUACUUUCCAUUAUUAUCGCCCCUGUCAUUCCGAAUCAACGGAGAGGAACAUCUUUGAUCGGCUAAGCAAAUAUUUUGCGCUCGACAAGUUUUGGGCGUAACGAUGAUUCAACCGAAGAUCUGGUGGAAGCUUAUUUACUCAGAAGACAAGAAAGGUAUUCUCGCUGGCUUGGCCGCACACUCGGGACAGAUAUCAGUGGGAUUGUCUCAAGGUUUCAGUGCAAUUCUAAUACCGAAGUUGUUGGAAUCAAAGUUUGCUGAUCAAUCAGAAACAUCUUGGAUCGCGUCGCUUGGUGCUGUCUCGAAUCCAGUUGGUGCAUUAGUUGCGGGUUUCUGUUCCGAAUGUUUUGGAAGGAGAUCGGCUAUAGCAUUGGCAACUUUACCGCAUGCAACAGGAUGGCUUUUAAUAGCGUUCGCCAAAAAUGUCCCGAUGUUGUACGUUGGAAGAUUCAUCAGUGGAAUCGGUACGGGCAUGGCAAAUGCACUGUAUUUAUAUGUCAGCGAGACAGCAGCUCAACAUCAAAGAGCAUGGUUAGCGAAUUGUGGACCUAUCUUGACCUCGUUAGGAGUGUUAAUGGUGUACACGUUAGGUUCCUUGACAACAUGGCAAAAGUCUGCCGCAAUCAGUAUAGGUCCAGCAAUAUUAUCUCUGGCAUUGUCGAGGAUGUUACGUGAGACACCAGCCUGGCUAACAGCCAGAGGACGAAUGGAAGAAGCAAAGGAAUCUUUGUUGUGGCUUCGUGGUCCAGGUUUAAGCACAGACAACGAAUUUCAAGAACUCUGUAAUGCCAACGCAAAAAGGAUGGAAGAAAGAGAGAGCCUUUUUAAAGCUUUCUACAUGCCGAAUGUUUGGAAACCAUUCAUUAUACUUCUCUUAUUUUUUGCUCUACAACAACUUUCGGGAAUUUAUAUAAUGUUGUUUUACGCUGUAAAUGUUCUCGAAGAUAUUGGUGUUAGCGUAAACGAAUACGCCGCGAGUGUUGGUAUUGGUGUUAUCAGACUAUUUGCAUCGAUAAUCGGUGCAAUUUUAGCUAAUAAUAUUGGUAGAAAAGCAUUAGCUUUUACCAGCGGUUUUGGUAUGGCUAUAUCAGCUAUGAGCAUUGCCUUGGCCUUUAGGUUCCAAUUGCCAUCUUGGGUAUCUUUGAUCUGUAUGGGAUGUCAUGUUGCGUUAUCUAUGAUCGGCUUUCUGACGUUACCUUGGGUUAUGACCUCAGAAUUAUAUCCCCUUAGGUUUAGGGGACUCUUAGGUGGUAUUACUACCAGUAUAGCACAGAUCUUAACCUUCGUUGCUAUUAAGUUAUAUCCCGAGGUAAGUUUAAACGCCGGCAUAGAGAACACAAUGUGGAUUUUCACUACGGCAGGUUUAUUGGGAGCACUCUUUUCCGUUACCCUAUUACCGGAGACCCGAGGUCAAAGCUUGGACGACAUUGAGAACAAGUUUACGAAUAAUACGAAGGCCAUUCCGAAGAUCAAUUCAAAUAUCAAUGGUUCGAGAGGACUUUCGAGUAUUUUCGUUCAUACGCAACCUAAGAAUAUUAUACUUCAAAGAUUUACAUCUAUAUCAGAGGAAAAGGAUUCUAAUCAUACUGGUAAUCGUUACACUUACGAUAACUUUUGUUUCGACAUGGAUUAUGAUAACGUUGCUAGAGAAUCUAAAGACGACGAAAGUGAGAAAAAGGAUCAUCAUGUGACGACUAACGCCAUUGCAUUGGAUCACGUUUAUAUUUGAAUAAUCAUCAAUUAAAAAAAAACCAAAUAUAAUUACGGAUACAAGCUUGGAAUGAAAGAAGCUCAUUAAUGUAAAGAUUACUACUGCCAAGAAUAGAAAUUUUCUAAAAUAUUUUGUAUAUAAGAGAUAUAUGUGUAAGUACAGUGAACACAUACACGCGCGCAUACGCGCACACAUUGCUGUAAAUAUUUUUACACCUUAAAACGAUAAUGUUUGUAUUA